AUAACACUUAACUUUCUUGGGACAGCCUGAGGGUGUUUGAAGGACGCGCCCCUAUUUAGAAUAAAGGCUGCUCUUCUAACUUCUUUCAGACAAUCAAGAGACUAACACACUGACGGCGUCCACAUAAAGCACACGGCCUGAUUAUGACUGAAGAAACUGAUGGUGUAAAACGGGAUCCAGAAGAAGGGAUUCAGUCAAGGGAAAAAUGGGCCAACAACAUGGAGUUUAUUCUCUCUAUGGCAGGAGAAAUAAUUGGCCUAGGAAAUGUGUGGCGUUUCCCCUAUUUGUGCUAUAAGAAUGGUGGAGGUGUCUUCCUCAUCCCUUACUGCGUGUUCCUCUUCUUCUGUGGUAUCCCUGUGUUUUUCCUGGAGACGGCAUUGGGACAGUACACCAGUGAGGGCGGGGUGACCGCCUGGAGGAAGAUUUGCCCCAUGUUUGAGGGGGUGGGGAUUGCAUCUCAAGUGAUCGUGAUCUAUUUGAACAUUUAUUACAUCAUAGUUUUGGCUUGGGCCAUCUUCUACUUAGUCAACUCCUUCACAAGCCCUCUGCCUUGGUCAACAUGUGACAACUGGUGGAACACUGAGCUAUGUUUUGAUCGCGUUGGCCUUUUUGCCAACCCUCAGCUGUUUCAUCCUGGGUCCAACUGGUCAUUCCUCAACAACGUCUCCUCACAUGACUAUGUGGCAAACUACAGUUACUUCAAUGAGACAUCAUUGACAGUCAACUCACCUGAAGAGGAGUUUUGGAGAAAUCGGGUGUUAAGAAUGUCGGCUGAUCUGUCUCUGGGUAAAGUGCACUGGGACUUGGCUCUGUGCCUCCUGUUUGCCUGGGUGAUUUGUUACUUCUGCAUAUGGAAGGGAAUCAAAACAACUGGAAAGGUGGUGUACUUUACUGCCACGUUCCCGUACCUAAUGCUGUUCAUCCUCUUCAUCCGUGGAGUGACGCUGCCCGGAGCUGCAGCCGGCCUCAAGUUUUAUCUCAGCCCUGACUUCAGCAAACUCGCUGAUCCAAAUGUCUGGCGUGAUGCGGGGACUCAGGUGUUCUUUUCCUACGCUGUGUGUCAAGGCGUCCUCACGGCUCUGGGAAGCUACAACAAAUACAACAAUAACUGCUACAGGGACUGUUUGGCUCUGUGCUGCCUGAACAGCGUCACCAGUAUAUUUGCUGGCUUCGCCGUCUUCUCGGUGCUCGGGUUCAUGGCUCACGACCUCAACAUUCCUGUGAGUGAAGUUUCUGCCAGUGGUCCAGGUCUAGCCUUUGUAGCCUACCCCAAAGCUUUGUCGUUGCUUCCCGGCUCUUCCUUCUGGGCUGUGCUCUUCUUCCUCAUGAUCCUCUUCCUGGGCCUCGACAGUCAGUUUGUGUGUGUGGAGAGCCUGGCCACGGCCCUCACAGACCUGUUUCCAAGUCGUCUGAGGAGAAAGGGUGCCAGGGAGAAACUGGUCCUGGUCAUUGCUGUUGCUUGCUUCCUGCUGGGGCUGACUUUUGUAACUGAAGGAGGUAUCUACCUCUUCCAGCUGGUUGAUACUUUUGGUCCAAGUGGAACCAGCCUUCUUCUGAUCGCUUGUUUAGAGACCGUCGUCAUUUCCUGGAUUUAUGGCGCGGACCGUUUCUAUGACAACAUUGAGGACAUGCUCGGCUACAGACCGCUGCCGUUGCUGAAGUACUGCUGGAUGUUUGUCACCCCUCUCAUCUGUGUGCUUACAAUGGUGUAUAACCUGGCAAAGGAAAACCCUUUCAGUCACGAGAGUUUAUCUGGGUCCUGGGCCGUCACAAUGGCUGUUCUCCUUAUUGCCACUCCACUUUUAUGCAUCCCGGCAUUUAUUUUCAUCAGACUGUGGAAAAAUCCCAAAAACAUGACGACUCCAUCCAAAGACCUACGGCAGAUAAAGCCCCACAAUCCAGUGCUCACGCUGGGGAACCUCGUUGUGUUUAAAGGACAGGACUGGCCGACGAGGAGCGUGGAUGAAACCAACGAGAAGAUGAUGAUGGAGGAGCAACAUAGGGUUUGAUGUCAACCAAAGACAGUUCCUCUUCACUUCAUGUAAAAAAAUAAUAAUUUGCAAAUGUUUACUUGCUUUAUUAAGGAGAUUAUGUUUUAUCAAGCCUUGUAAGCAAAGCCAAAGAUAUUUUGUUUGUUUUUUGGUAAAACUUCUCACACAAGUUAUAUGGACGGGACUAUUGAAGAAGGACUUAAAAUCAAGUUGACAAUGUCCUCAGGACCUCCUGCCAUCCUCCAACUAUUCUCUGCUGGAGAUGCCUUUCCUCUUGCCCAGGGGUCUGCAGCCUUUGUGAUUUAAAAAAAAAAAAAAAAGAAGCCAUUUUUGCCACUUUGCUUAGUAAUUAUGAUGUCUGGAGCUGCAAACCCUGCUACAACUGUGUACUGUCAACUGGUGGCUCAUGGGCCACUACAAGUUUGUUGGAGAUGGCUUUUCCAGCCAGUGGGUGUGAUACUAUAAAACAAAAAAUGUCCAACUCUUAUUAACAUUUAUUGAUACUUUUACAUUUUAAUACAAACGAAAAGACCUGAUUCAUGUAAAAGAAUCUAUAUUUAACAAUUUUAUACAAAUUAAAACACUGAACUCUGCAAGCCGAUGCGAGUUCUCUUAAUUGUUGAAGAAUUAAGUAUCCUACUUAAAGCAUAAAGUUAAAGACAGUAUAAAAUUAGG